CACAGGAUGAAGGCAUUCACUAAGAGAUAUCACGGAACCGCAAUUACGGUAUUUUGUACGUGUAUGCAGUGCGCCAAGAUCCAACCUCAUUAAUUAUUUCAAUGCACUCAUGAGACCCUUAGGGGAUUUAUACCACGCAUGCGCCAGAAUCUGGACGCCAUUCUCACUUUCAAUGCAACACGGCAUGUUUUGACGUAUAGCGUAUUCUUUAAUGCUCGCCGCAACCAUAAACUUAAUGAGUUCUUGACACGAAAUGUCGUUUUACAAAUUUUUGGAAAUGCAGUACAGUGUGGAUUUGCCCUUAUGAUAGUGAUUCAACGAAUAGAUAACGGCGCACCAGUCGCUAAGGAGAGCUUAUUAGAACAACGUGCCUUAUUAUCAUCUAUAGUCUAUAACCGUCUUUCGCCACUAUCCAUCGAAGUCAAAAAGUCCAAAAAAAAACUGUCCCACUCAGUAAUUUUUCGGUCCAAAUCUGUCCAAAACUUACCAUUUCCAUAAUUUAAAAGUUUUUCGAUAAAUUUUACAAUAUACACGUGUAUAAUGGGGACUUGAGGGUGUUUGGAAAUAUGUUCCACAUUUGAAAAAAAGACUUAUUUUAAAAUUUAAAUAUCGAACAUCGAAGUGCUGUGUAUAUGUUUUUUUUUUUAAUUUAUUUAAAGCCCUAGAUACCAGAUCUUAAAGGCCUAUGUAUAUGUGUGUGCCAGUGUUGUCAUCAUGUCGGUCUGGGUACAGGGCAGUGGCGACGGGGCCCGCGCGCCGUCCGUCACUGUCCUGUCCGCUAACACGUCAAUGGAGUCCGGGAUUGAGGCCGGGGUCCUCCCGACCGUCACGGGGUCUCUCGCCUCGGCCAGGGACUCGUUGGGCUCGCUGUCGAGAGCAGCGGAGCCCCUCUACGAUACAGAUCAUACAGAUCUCGGUUCAGAGUUGGACGAGGCGGAGAUUCGGCGGGAGUUGAUGCACGAUAAAUGGCGCCUCCUAUUUGAUAGGUUCGAUCCCGAAGGCUUUGGCGAGAUUCCGUGGCCAGACUUCCUACAGACCCUGCAGCAUCCAGAUUUUAUAGCACAGGUGCCACCACACAAACGUGAGAUACUGUUAGAUAAAGCUCGAAGUGCUACGAGUGCAGCUAUUACCUUUCAAGAGUUUGUGAAUGUGAUAUAG